GGAGCGCGCAGAUCCGCCCUCUAUCCGCCAUUUUUUUUUGUCUCAGACUCAAUCAGGUUGGAGGUGUGGAGCCGAGUAUAAACAAGGGAAAGACAAAUACUAGUGAGACCUUAUUAUUGAAAAAAAUCAGGGGACAGAAAUAUACUCAAGAAAUUCGACUGUUUUGGGACUCUAUACACAUGCAGGGGAACCGAGAUACUCUUGUGAUUUAAAUUUGUGUGGAGACGUGUUGCAGGCCGCCAUUUUUUGUUACUGCCUCAAAAGUCUGUCGGGACUCAAGAAAAGGAUUGAACAUAUAUAUUUCGUGCCUUACAGUUCGACCAAGAAGAUACAAAGUAACAAUUUGGGCUUCGGCGCACAGCUAUUUGCAACAUUGUAUCGACAAUGGAGACUCGUUUAAUCAAGUAAAGUUAAUUUUGAUCAAAUAUGUCAUCUGCAAGGUUCGAUCCAUCGGACCGGUCCAGUUGGUAUUUUGGGCCGGUGUCAAGACAGGAGGCGCAGAAUAGAUUACAAGGACAGAGGCAUGGCAUGUUUUUGGUUCGGGAUUCUUCAACCUGCCCUGGCGACUAUGUGCUGUCAGUAUCUGAAAAUUCCAAAGUGUCCCACUAUAUCAUCAACUCCUUACCAAGCAUGAGGUUCAAAAUUGGAGAUCAAGAAUUUGAUCACCUCCCAGCACUUUUGGAGUUCUAUAAAAUCCACUACCUGGAUACGACUACACUGAUAGAACCUGCCCCCAGGUACCCAAACACAGCUAUAGGCACCAGCCCCAUUCAGACGAUGGGCGGCCCAGAAGACAACCUGGAGUAUGUGCGGACUCUGUACGACUUCACGGGCAGCGAUGCUGAGGACCUGCCCUUUAAGAAGGGGGAGAUCCUGAUCAUCCUGGAGAAGCCUGAGGAGCAGUGGUGGAGUGCCAAGAGCAAGGAGGGCCGCAUGGGCAUGAUCCCUGUGCCCUAUGUGGAGAAGCUGGUGCGACCCUCCCCUCAUCCUGGCCAGCCUCCUCACGGCUCCCGCAACUCCAACAGCUAUGGCAUCCCCGAGCCGGCCCACGCUUACGCUCAGCCUCAGACCCCUUCGCCCCUUCCCCCUGGCACCCCCGGAGCGGUCAUCACCCCCCUGCCCUCCAUGCAGAAUGGGCCCGUCAUGGCUAAGGCCAUCCAGAAACGAGUGCCCUGUGCCUAUGACAAGACGGCCCUGGCUCUAGAGGUGGGUGAUAUAGUCAAAGUGACGAGGAUGAACAUCAGCGGUCAGUGGGAGGGAGAGGUGAAUGGCCGGAGGGGUCUCUUCCCCUUCACCCAUGUCAAAAUAAUGGACCCCCAGAAUCCGGAUGAGAGUGAAUGACCUGGACCCCAACCAACCCUCCCUCCCCACAGUGACACUCAAACCUGCUGGCUGUCUCCAUCCCGCCCGCCAAUGUCACCACGGUUAUUUGCUUGCCUGCUUGGGGCUGUGCGACAGCGGUCUCUGUUAUCGUCAUGCCAACCAUUGUGCGGCUUUCUGACUGUUUACAGCUCUGGACUCAACUAAACUCCCCCAUCUGGUUACAGGCUCGUCAGUGUUUUUUGCCUUUGUCUUUUCAUUUUCAGACUAUCGGUUGGUUGUGUGUGUUGCCAUGGCUCCCAUGACGCCAUGUCUUACCUGGUCAUUUUUUAUUUGAUCUUGGUUACAUUUGAAUACUUAGGGAUUUUUUGAGAGCUUGCUUGGACUGUGUGUUUUGUGUUGUGGAUGGGAGGAGGUUAAUGUGAAAAAGAAGAGAGGUGACUGAACAUCACAUGGACUGACUGAGGAGAGCAAAGUCAUAAAGGGCUCCAAGUGGAGCCUGAGGAUAGAACCAGACAGUUGACUGUGUCUCUCUCCAAACAAUCAUUCACUGUUGGUACCUUAGCCACGUACACACACACACACAGAUUGACCAUUACUUGUGUGUGUGUGUGUGUGUGUGUGUGUGUGUGUGUGUGUGUGUGUGUGUGUGUGUGUGUGUGUGUGUGUGUGUGUGUGUGUGUGUAUCAGUCUCAACACCUCUCUUGACUGACACAAGCUGAGCUGACUUGGGCAGGAGGACAAGGCAGAGGCUGACAGAGGAGUUCAAGCCCACAUGGAUUCUGCCUUGUGGAAUAGCCCAUAGCCUCAGUGACACAGACCUAGUUGACAGUUUCGUUAUUUAUGUUUUCCCCAGACUACAUGUGAAAUGGCCAUAUGUGAAGACAUAUUUUGUUUAAUUUGUGCCAUAAAUUCAGGAGUGCUGAGCGAAGCGUUUGUUGUAGUAUAAGUGCAUGACUGUGACCAGGCUAUAGCCAAUGUUGUAAGAGUACUUAUAAAUGCUGUUGAGGGGUAAGGGCUUUUCUAUGAGACGGAUGCCUCAUGCAUCCAAUGAUAUGGGUCACAGGAGGUGGGCAAAUGUUGCAGCCAGCCAAUGACACCUCAUCAAUGCCUUUCACUGAAAAAUGCAACUUUAGUACAAGCAAUUCUUCCCUGUUUCCUCUCCGGGUUCCCUAAGGUGGUGAUUGGUUACACCCCUGACUCUCAUCUCUAGCCAGUGUUGACUGUCAAGCACAGGACCUGAGAAGAGAACUUGGUUGUCUUUGGUUAUGUCUAACUGACAUUGUGAUGCCAAAUCUGUCCUGCUCUCUGGUCUUGGUGUGAGUGUGCUGAUAAAGUGCUUCAUUAGAUCUCUGCUGUAAAGAAGACUUACCCUUCCUGUUGUCUCUUCCCUAGUGCUUGCCCAUCAAUCCCCCUGAGCUUUUUCAUUGGGUAGAGUAAUACCAUUGUACAACUAUCAAUCAUGUCCUGACUGUAGUGUUUUUUUUGUUAGGCAACUGUUGAAUUGAGCAUUUAAUAUUUGUUUUAAUAACCUUGUAAACAAUUAGACUGAAGGUGACUUUUUUUAAAGGGAAAAAAAUGCCUGCUGGUGGCCUCUGUGCAUGACCUCUUGGCCUCUCCCAGGUCAAAUGCUGCUUUGUCUCAAUGAACAUUUCCUCAUUAAAAUAUGAAUUAGACUUGUUUUUAUUGCCUCUGUGGAAUCAAUCCAUUCAAAUGUAGUUUGGGUUUCCUUGUGCAACCUCCAUAUUAAACCCUCUGAUUAAGCAAUACACCAAUUUUAAUUUAUGUUUUAGUUGGGUAAACAUAUGUUUUAUUAACGUGCUUUGUAAAGGCAUUAGCAGUAUUACUGUUUUUUUCCCUCAUGUUUUAGAGUGCCUCUGUGUUGUCCUCUUAAUUCAAAAUAAAAAAUUGUGCCUUUUAUUUUCUUAUACCAUUUGCAUGUGUUAAUAUUUCCCAUGGUUAACACCUGUCCUGGUAUGGCCCUUUAUGUACAGAACAACUAAAUAAAAUGUAUGUCUACUUCUUUAA